UUGCUGCACCUUCCUCUGUAUUCUUUAUCUUUAUUUUUCUCUCUCUAUAUCUUAACUUCAAUCCUAAGUAUGAUUUAUGAUCCAACCCUCUUCUUUAAAUGAACACAAUUAGUUUUUGAGUUACUCCCUCUCCUCCACCCCACAACAUAAGAAACAUCAUAUAUUUUUCUACCUCAUCAAACGUUAAAAUGACAUAAUUAGCACACACACUGAGGUAACAUUUUCACGCUAUAUAGAGACAGUGACCUCUUCAGAACUUGCUCACAAUAGUGCUGUUCCUCCAAACCCAAGUAACAUUGGCAUUCCCAAUUCCCACUGUCCUCGCUCUCCCAGCACAAACUAACAAAUGGGUCGCCAUUCCUGUUGUGUGAAGCAAAAGUUGAGGAAAGGUUUAUGGUCCCCUGAAGAAGAUGAGAAGCUCUUCAAUCACAUAACCAGAUUUGGUGUUGGUUGCUGGAGUUCUGUUCCCAAACAAGCUGGACUGCAAAGAUGUGGAAAGAGUUGCAGGUUGAGAUGGAUAAACUACUUGAGGCCUGAUUUGAAGAGAGGCAUGUUCUCACAGCAAGAGGAGGAUCUUAUAAUCAAUCUUCAUGAAGUCCUUGGAAACAGGUGGGCUCAGAUAGCAGCACAGUUACCAGGGAGAACAGAUAAUGAGAUUAAGAAUUUCUGGAAUUCAUGUUUGAAGAAGAAGCUAAUGAAGCAAGGGAUUGAUCCAACUACACACAAGCCUCUCACUGAUGCUCAUGUUAAAGAAGAGAGCAAAAGUCCAGACACAACACCUAUGCAGAUACCAAUGUCUCAAGGGACUUUAGCUACCUCAACCUUUGGCUCAUCACUUGUAAUAAGCGAUUCAAAUCACUAUGAUGGUGUUCUAACAGAAGCUUCAAGGGAACUUUUCAUGAGCAAGUCAGCAUUGGACUCUUUGUCCUACUAUGAUUUCCAAAUUGGUGGUUCUGUGCAGAGUGGUUAUAAUAACUUACCCUUCACUCAUUAUCAGAGUUUUGGUCCCAGUUCAAGCCAUGGAUUCUCUUCAAUGCCAAGCCUAACCCAGUCAGAUCACGGGAACAUGUCGUCCGUGGUGACCGAGUUUUCUAACAACAAUUCAGCUUCCAAAAUCAGUUCCUUGUUCAUGAAUGAUCAGGUGAAAGAAAGUUCCAGCAUUAGCUCAAACAUGAGCACUAUUUAUCCAGGAGGGUCUCACUCUCAAAUGAGGAGCUUAAUGGAAAAUGCAGGAUUCUCUUGGGACAAUGGAGACAACAAAUUGGACCCUUUGUUUCAGUUCCAAGUCAAUGGCAUAAAAUCUGAGGAUUUCAGGACAAGUUCAUGGGAAGAAGGGCAGCUGCAGAAUCAAAACUCAAUAGACUUCACUAGCUGUCCAUUAACAUCACUGUCAGAGGAUCUAACAGAAGCAAAUUUUGAUGUGUUUCAGCAUAUAUGAACUGUAAAAAAUCUUUCUUUCUUUUUUUCUUUUGAUUUUUUUGAACUCUUUCUGUCGUUAAAAAAAAACAAGGUAGGAAAGAUAGAAAGAUGUUGAUAGUACAGGAGAUUUCUAGAUUAUGAUUUGAGAUGAUAUUGAUACCAUUAUACCCCCCUCCCCAGCAUUUACUUUUCCUAUUGAUGAUAAAUCUGUUUUUAUCAGCAAAAGUUUGAAUAACAAUAUAUUCUUGAAGGUUGAUGAUUGAAA